AUGCGCUUCUGGGCCCCCAUCCUCUGCCUGGGCACCGCCCUCGCCUCAACAAUCCCAAUCGCCAACUCCCACGAACUCCAUCUCCCAUUCUCUCCCUCACCAGAUAGCCUUGAAAAUGGCGUCCACUCAUCACUAGUAAGUAUCUUUCGCCUAAUCCCAUAUCCACCCACUAAGAAAAAGAACCAGUCAAUCAAUUGGUCCAUCCAAAAUGGAAGCCUCUACGCAAACCAAGACAAAGUCUACCCCCCUUCAGUAACAAUGCAACUCCGCGCCCCGCUCUACCAAGACGCCCAACUCACAGACAACUCCGUCGACUUGUCAUACACCCUCGACUCCCGCCCCUUAUCAACAGACCAAGUCGGCGCCGUCGCCGGCAUCGUCCGCGUCCGCGUCGAACUCCUCGAUCUCCACGGCAAUCUCGUCUCGCCCGAUGCCGUCGUUAUCGACCUACUCACUUAUCAAGAUGGCAACCACCACAUUACCCGCAUUCGCGUCGAGCCCGCCCGCGGAGACGGUCGCUCGCAGAAGAAUCGGCCCUGGGUCGUCAAGUACUGGAAGACGCAGUUUGGGUCCUUUUUCGAGAGCGAGGAGCAAUCAACUCAGCGUCCUGCUGAGUCCCCCGCUACUAAAGUCACUACUGCGAACCACGCGGUCGAGUCUGAAUCGAAAUUCGCUAUCUCUUCGUUCUGGGCUGCUCCACCCCAUGCCAAUUACCGCGGCCAUCGUCGCCCGCACCACCACCGUCCUGGCAAUUCUUUCGUGCGCAUGGUUCGUCCUAUCAUCCUUCCUGCUGUGCUGGGUGCUGUUGCGGGUCUGGUCGCUUGUCUGGUGGGCUUCUUCAUCGGGCAUUUGAUUAUGUCCUUUGCUGUGCGUCUUGGCUGGAAAGGCCCAGUGCAGCAGCGCACUGCCAGAGCCGAACAAGGCACUGCUUCAGAGAAGUCGCCCAUGGUACCGCAUGUCUAUGUGACAGACGCGACAGAGUCUGUAUGA